AUGAGUCAGACCGUUCUGCGUCGAUCCAACCCCUCCUCCCCUCCCCAGCGGCUACGCUGCGCACCAGCUGCCCACCUAUCCAUUGUCCUGCGCGCAUAUCGCGAGUCAGACAUAGCUCUCCUCAAUCUCCUUGAGGACUAUGAUGUGCUCAAGGCAAUGACCAUUGACUAUGUUGUGCCCGGACAGCGCCAGCUCAUCGAGAUGUGGAUAAAGCUGCCGUUGUAUGUCACGAUCGUGCACAAGGAGACCGAAAAAUUUAUGGGGAUAACGGCGUUGAAAGUGAACGUGCCGAAGAACUGCGACGCAGAGCUGGGGAUUUUCGGGUAUGCUUUUGAAGGAAUGGGCCUUCGUCGCUUGUCGCUGGGUGUGCCCCAGUCGAACAAGCGGGCAAUCGCACUCUAUGACAAAAUAGGUUUCGUUUGCGAGGGCGCAAAACGAGAGGCACUGUUGGAUGAAGGAAAAUGGGUUGACAUCAUAUGGAUGGGGAUGCUGGAGACGGAGUAUCGAGUGCGGAAGCUCGAAACAGCGAAGUAG